AAGAACUGGAGUCAAACCUUCGGCUUCGUUUACUCCAACUUUCGAGACGCACCUUUGAGCUAUCAACUACGCGGCAAUGGGUGAAUUUGCAAUUAUUUUGCUAGUAGGCUAGUAAAGUAAUUACUGUAGUAAAAAAGUAAUUAUCCUUCUGUAGUAGUCAAAUAAUUUCGAGAAAAACUACUUACACGAACGUAAAUCCGAGAGAAGUAUUCAGGCGGGGCGUUAUUAGAAUCUAAUUUAGCAUACCAUCCAGUUUUACUUUCGAGUUGAGUCACAACGUAUCAUUACAGUUUUGGAAAACACCGAUCGUUCGCUAGUUUUCCUCAGUGAAAGCAAUGGCUGACUCUGUGAAAAUCCCUCUGGAUGACAAAUUGGAAAGCAUUGUCAAGCAAUGUGGACCUGCCCUGAUAGACGUCCUUAAACACAAGUUUGGAUGUGAAGCUGUAAUCCAUGGCGUGAGUGCUGAAUGGGGCUCUGGCAAGAAGCCCAGUGUCGUUCCUGAUCAACGGUUUUCCACGCAGUUGCCCAAAGGUAUGACUGUUUCAGUGUGGAAGGAUGACCUUACCACACACCAAGCAGAUGCUGUUGUCAAUGCAGCCAACGAGCGCCUGAGCCAUGGUGGAGGUCUCGCCCUAGCGCUCUCUGAUGCGGGCGGCCCAAAUAUCCAACGGGAGAGUGACCGUUAUGUUCAGAGUAAAGGAAAGGUGUUUGCUGGUGAGGCCGCUGUCACCACAGCUGGAAAGCUAAAUUACCAGAAGAUCAUUCAUGCUGUGGGUCCAUGCCUUCAAUCCAGCCACACUACGCAUGAUGUUGUUCGAGCCACACCCAUUCUGAAGGAUGCAAUCAAGAACAUUCUCAGAUUAAUGGAAAAGGAAAACCUGCAGUCUGUUGCCAUUCCUGCCAUCAGUUCUGGCCUGUUCAACUUCCCUUUGCGCGUUUGCGCUGACACCAUAGUGAAAACCCUGAGCGAGCAUGAUCAGAGAUCUAAGGGCAGGCCCUUGGAGAUUCACCUGGUCAACAAUGACGAGCCCAGUGUGAAGGAAAUGGAGCGAGCAUGCAGGGAGUUUCUGCCGCAGACACAGCAGGCUACAUCCAGCGCAGCUGGGCGCCAUGGAAACAGCCCCUGUCCAACACUAACCAUCAACAAUGUCACACUCACCAUCAAGAAAGGAAGCAUUGAGAGACAAAAGACGGACAUCAUUGUGAAUACAAUUGGUGCUGAUUUGAAUUUAUCAAACGGAGCUAUAACAAGAAGUAUUCUACAAGCUGCUGGCCAAGGGAUCCAGGAUGAAAUAAAUAAAAAAUCCAAAUCCAAAAAACACUAUAACGUCAUUGAGACUAAAGGAUAUGGCUUAAACUGCCAAUAUGUGUACCACACAAUAUGUCCUGAAAAAUACUGGAGAGUACCAUAUGAUAAGAUUCUAGCUGACAUUGUGUGGGAAUGUCUGAACAAGGCCCACAACAGUCAGCAGAAAUCCAUCUGCUUCCCAGCCAUCGGCACUGGUUUGCUAGGCUAUGACAAAGAUGUGGUCGCCAGAGUUAUGAUGGAAGGUGCUGUCGCAUUUGCACAGCAAACCAAUGGAGUGCACUUGGACAUUUCCUACCUGAUGUAUCCAACUGACACAAAUACAUACAAAGCAUUUGAAGACGGGAUGAGAACCCUCCAAGGUAGCGCUAACUACCCCAGCAGGUCCCCUCAAGGUAGCGCUAACUACCCCAGCAGGUCCCCUCAAGUAGAUUUAAUGAGGACAAAUGACCAUGCCAAGAGCAGUGCUGAAACUCCACACAUCGAGCUGAUAAGUGCCACUCAAGAGAGGAUGUCUGAGGCCAGGCGUUGGAUCUGGAAUGAUAUGUGCCUUCACCAGAACAGCUUCAACAUUCGUAACAACUUCAUUCAGCACUUUGGCCAGCGCGAGCAUGAGAACCUGCUGUCCUUCCAGACCAUGUGGAACAUCUCCAUAACAGAGUCUUUCCAAGAUGGUUGUGCCGGUAUUCAAAUAACAGGAAGUAAUUCCAUCGAAGUAUCUGUAGUGGGGGUGGAGGUGGAGGCAAUGUGCUGCAAGGCUCAAGAAGAGUUUGCAAGAGAAGAAGAGGAUGCCUUGGUACAGUUACUAAACAGAAAAGUCUCUUAUGAGAGGAGCAGAUUUGAUAAUGGAGACAAAGGUUCAAAAGAGUUCCCGAUUGUCAGAGUUGAAAAGCUGGAGAAUCCUUGCCUGAAGCAGAUGUUUGAGCUAAAGAAGCAGCAGUUGUCGGCUACUCCCAGAAGGAUGUACCAGCGCCUGCCUGCACAGUUCUGUGAGCUGGUCAGCAGGGUGGGCUUCCACAGGGAGCUAGCCCCACCUGACGAGCAAAAGUAUGGACAGGGGAUCUACUUCUGCGAAAGCCCCAGAUUGGCGAUGGAGCUGUGGAGGAACACGUCAGAAGACGAGUAUCUGUACUUUGUUGAGGCGCAGGUGCUGACGGGGAGGUCCACGACUGGUUCACCAGACCUAAUCCUUCCACCCUCCCUCCCCGGCUCAGAUCCCUCGUCUCUGUACGACAGCCUCACCAAUACGAGUAAGGACAUCCAUGUCGUAUUCAACGGGUACCAGGCUCUCCCUGAGUAUCUGUUCAUCUGCAAAAAGCGUCAAUAAUCAUGCAUAUAUGCAGAUCCCCUAAAUGCACACGUCUAAAUGAUUGCGAUCCUCUUUUCGAAUAUAGCCAUACAUUUUGAUUUUGAAACGUAUGAUUAGUGUACAUUUUCUUUUCCCUGCUAUUUCUUAUUUCAUAAUUUUUUGUAUCUUAUCAUUUGUAGUUUGUAUACAACUGAAUUGUUAUUUUAAAUGUAAAAAUAAUCAAGUAGCAAUUGGGGUUUGUAACUUUACUAUCUUGUAGUUUUAAAAUGUUAAAUUUAACAUAAUCUUGAUCUGUAUUACACUGUUGUGACAAAGCAAUAAAAAUCAACCAACUUUCUAUGAGAAUUUCAAGAUU